CCACUACUCAGUUCUUUCUUUGAUUUCCAAAACCGACAACUGGGAAACAAACCCCCGCAGAAUUGCGAAAGGGGAUUGUUAGAGAGAGAGAGAGAGAGAUCAGAGACCAGGUUUUGCUGUGGGAGUAAUAGUUUUACUAGCAGAUUUGCUUCAAUGGAGUAUCGAAAGAUCAAAGAUCAGGAUGAAGUUGGUGAUGAUAUAGAGAACCGAGGUGGGAAAGCUCUUCCGGGUGUUUCGGUUAGUAAUGUUGCUAACUUCGGAGGCAUCUCUAGUGAACGAUCUAAGUGGAAGCGCAAGUCCAUUGUUACACUUGCAUUGACUAUUCUUACAAGUUCACAGGCAAUCCUUAUUGUCUGGUCCAAGAGAGCUGGAAAGUACGAGUACAGUGUUACAACUGCGAAUUUCUCGGUAGAGGCUUUGAAAUGUACGUUAUCACUUGCAGCCUUGUUAAGAAUCUGGAGAAGGGAAGGUGUUACUGAAGAUAACAGGUUGAGUACGACGCUGGAUGAAGUUAGUGUUUACCCAAUACCUGCGGCACUUUACCUCGUCAAAAAUUUGCUUCAAUAUUACAUCUUUGCUUAUGUCGAUGCUCCGGGGUAUCAAAUAUUGAAAAACCUGAAUAUUAUCAGCACUGGUGUGUUAUAUCGGAUCAUUCUUAAGAAGAAGUUAAGCGAGAUUCAAUGGGCUGGUUUCAUUCUAUUAUGUGCAGGAUGCACCACAGCACAACUAAAUUCUUCUUCUGAUCAAGUCCUUCAAACUCCUGUUCAAGGUUGGGUGAUGGCCAUUGUCAUGGCACUUCUAAGUGGUUUUGCAGGAGUAUACACAGAGGCAAUAAUUAAAAAGCGUCCUUCAAGGAACAUAAAUGUGCAGAACUUCUGGUUAUACGUCUUUGGAAUGGGCUUCAAUGCUAUUGCGAUACUGGUUCAAGAUUUUGAUGCUGUCGUGAACAAGGGGUUCUUUCAUGGAUACUCAUUAAUUACGAUUCUCAUGAUUCUUAACCAUGCACUAAGUGGCAUUGCUGUAUCAAUGGUCAUGAAGUAUGCUGACAAUAUUGUGAAGGUGUAUUCUACUUCUGUGGCGAUGCUGCUGACGGCAGUUGUUUCUGUGUUUCUUUUUGGGUUUCAUCUCUCCCUUGCCUUUUUCCUUGGUUCCACCAUUGUCUCCGUCUCAGUAUACUUACACGCCAUUGGAAAGGUGCAAAGAUAGUAACGAUUGGCUUUCUUCCGUCCUAAUUGCGCUUUCAAUGUACAGGCUGGAAUUAUGCAAUGUUUGACUCAGUUUUGUUUUUCCAACCGAUUCUAUUGAGUUUCCCUUUUCAAAUGUCAGUUCAGGUAGCAUGCAUCUUAUUUUGGUUUAAUGGAACAUCUUUGACAUUCUUGGAGAUCAAUUUAUUGUAGUAUUCACAGCUCAAUGUUGACAGUUAGUAACUUAACAUGAUGUGUUCCCUGUAGUGCACCAAAUGCAUGUGAGAUGGUUGUGGUGCACCAAA